AUGGAGAAUUUAACAUUAAAAGCUUUGCAAUUGUGCAAUUUCCUUGAAUAUUAUCAAAAACAGAAACAAAGUGUUGAAAAUAUGGAAUCACUAAACAAAACAGCUAAACUUUCUAAAUGUCCACAAGAAGAUGCAAGCUUUUUGUCAUUUCUUACAUUUUCAUGGAUUUUUCCGAUAUUUUUCAAGGGUAGUAAGCAAACUCUUGGUGUAAAUGAUCUUUAUGAACCACUUAACGAACAAAAAGCUGAUAAGUUGGAAAAUGACUUACAAAAAGCAUUUAAAACACGGUUAGAAUUAGUUCCAUCAAUUGUUGAUGUCUUCGGGAUGAAAAUAUUAGUUCAUGGGAUGAUUAUAUUGUUUGUUGAGUGUGCCAUUAAAAUACUUCCCCCAAUAUUCCUUAGUCAACUUAUAAAAUUUUAUACAAACUCCAGUGGAAUCAAUCAAAAAGAGGCAGCUGCAUACUCGUUUGGAAUUAUUUUUUCAAUCUUCUUAAACAGCAUGAUUUCGAAUGCAUCACAUGUUAAUGGCUUAAAAUUAGGAGCAAUGAUAAAAGCAGGAGUAUCUUCAAUGAUUUAUCAAAAAUCUUUGAAACUCUCAAAAACUUCUUUGGGUAACAUUACAACGGGGAAGUUAAUAAAUUUACUUGCGACAGAUGCUGGGAAAUUCCAAGGAAUUAUCUUUUGGAUUCAUUAUUUAUGGGUUGGUUUCAUCCAAACAGCUUUAGUGACGUUCUUGAUAUAUCAAGAAGUUGGUGUGUCAGCUUUUGCUGGGAUAUUUGUUCUUAUUUCACUUCUACCCCUUCAAUUAUAUGCGGGAACUAAAAUUUCUAAAAUAUGCUUCGAAACAGCGAAACGAACUGACAAGAGAGUUCAUUUAAUGAAUGAAAUGAUAAAAGGAAUUCAAGUGAUUAAAAUGUAUGCGUGGGAAAAACCAUUCAACAAAAUCAUUUCAGUCUCGAGAUUUAAUGAGACAAAACUUAUUCGAUAUCAUUGUUGGAUUCGAGGAUUUUUUCUGUCUUGCAUAAUUUUUUCAGUCCCAGUUGCUGUUUUUUCAACUUUGGUGACUUAUUCAAUCCUUGGAAAUGAAGUUACAGCUCAAAAAGCAUUUGUUGUGGUUGCAUUCUUUAAUGUUAUAAAAUUUACUAUGGUCAUCAUGUAUCCAUUUGCUGUUAAUUAUGCGAUUGAUUGUCGAGCUUCAAGUAUACGAGUCAAUAAAUUUUUAAAGCAAGAAAAUGAUUUGUUGGAAAUAAAACCAAAUAUCAAGGUUCAUGAAUCUAUUGAAUUAAAACUGAAUAAAGUGUCAGCAAAAUGGAAAGGAGAAGCAACAGAAUUAACUUUAUCGAACAUUAAUUUGGAUGUUCAAUCAUCGACAAUUCUAGCCGUUAUAGGAAAAGUUGGUGCUGGAAAGUCGAGUUUGAUUCAAGCGAUUCUUGGUGAGUUGCCAAUCGAAGGUGGAGACAUUCAAGUGAAUGGAGUCAUCUCGUAUGCAUCUCAAGAGCCUUGGCUGUUCUCUGGUUCCGUUCGUCAAAAUAUUCUCUUCGGCGAAUCUUAUCAAAAGGAUCGCUACAAAGCUGUCAUCAAAACUUGUUCACUUACGAGAGAUCUCGAAAUGUGGCCUGAUGGCGACAAGACAAUUGUCGGUGAACGUGGCAUGAGUUUGUCUGGUGGACAGAAAGCGAGAAUCAACUUGGCUCGUGCAGUUUAUCGUAAAGCUGACAUUUAUUUACUUGACGAUCCUUUGAGUGCUGUUGACGCUAAUGUUGGUCGCCAUUUGUUCGACAAUUGCAUCAAAGAAUUUCUUAAAAACAAACUCGUGAUUCUCGUCACACAUCAACUUCAAUAUUUACCAACAGCUGAUCAAAUUCUUCUCUUAAAUCAUGGAAUUGUCGAAGGUGUUGGAACUUUUGAAAAUCUUCGCGAUUCAGGCUUAGAUUUUGCAAAUCUUUUACCGAAAAAUGAAAAUGUUGAAGAACAAAAAUCAGAGAAUUUAGCACAGAAACACUCAAAAGGAAAAUUCAAUGAAGAUAAUUUUGUGGAAAAGAAGGAAAAUAUUGAAGAGAAACGUGUAAAAGGUUCAGUUGGAUUGAAGCCUUAUAAAGAUUAUUUUAAUGCAGCUGGUGGCUUCAAAAGCAUUUUCAUAAUCUUCAUUUUAUACAUUUCAUCUCAGAUUUUUACUUCAACUAGCGAUUAUUUUGUGUCUUAUUUGGUACGACAAGAAGAAAUGCAAAGUAAUGUUGAAAUUGAUGAAAAUUCCUACGAACGUAACGUUGUCAUUGCCAUUUUUAGUGGAUUAAUUGUCGGAGUAAUUUUAUUGACAUUAAGCAGGAAUUUUGUAUUUUCCAUUCUUACAACUCGAGCUUCUCGUCAUCUUCAUGAUGCUAUGGUUGCUGGUAUAACGAAAGCUUCAAUGUAUUUCUUUAAUACCAAUCCUUCGGGAAGAAUUCUUAAUAGAUUCAGUAAAGACAUUAAAGAAGUCGAUGAAAUUUUACCUUUCACUCUUGUUGAUGUGUUUCAAGUUAUCUUUAAUAUUUUGGGAGCUGUUACAGUGCUUGUUGUCAUCAAUCGAUUCUAUCUCAUCCCAACUUUUGCUUUAUUCACAAUUUUUCAUUAUCUGAGAAAAUUCUACUUAAAAACAUCGCUUGACGUCAAACGAAUUCAAUCAACAACUUCAUCACCGAUUUUCUCACAUUUUUCUGAAACACUCAACGGACUUUCAACGAUUCGAGCUUUUAAUGCUGAGAAAAUUCUCGCUUCGGAAUUCAACAGACAUCAAGAUUUGAAUACGUCAGCGCAUUAUAUUUAUCUUGUGACGUCACGAGCUUUUGGAUUGUGGCUUGAUGUCUCUUGCGUUAUUUACAUCGCGAUUGUUGUUUUGAGUUUCUUUCUAAUGGAAAAUACCGGUGAAAAUGUUGGACUUGCAAUCACACAAGCGAUGGGUUUAACUGGAAUGGUUCAACAAGGAAUUCGACAAACAGCAUCAUUAGAGAAUUCCAUGACGGCUGUUGAACGUGUUGUUGAGUACAACACUGUUGAUCCCGAACCAGAUUUUGAUUCGAAACCAGAAAAAAAGCCACCAAAGGAAUGGCCUGAAAAGGGUGAAAUUAAAUUUGAGAAACUUUCAUUGAGUUACGUUCCAGACGAGAUGGAAGAAAAAGUUUUGAAAGAAUUAAAUUUCGAGAUCUUGCCACAAGAGAAAAUUGGAAUUGUUGGACGAACGGGAGCUGGUAAAAGUUCAAUUAUUAACGCACUAUUUCGUUUGUCGUAUAUUGACGGUCAGAUUUAUAUUGACACGAGAGACACACAAGCGAUGGGACUUCACGACUUAAGAUCGAAGAUUUCGAUCAUCCCACAAGAGCCGGUUUUGUUUUCGGGCUCGAUGCGCUACAAUCUCGAUCCGUUUGAUGAAUAUUCUGAUGCAAAAUUGUGGAGUGCACUUGAGGAAGUGAAAUUGAAAGAAGUCAUCAGUGAAAUGCCAGCAGGGCUCAUGACGAAAAUCUCUGAAAAUGGAAUAAACUUCUCAAUUGGUGAACGUCAACUGGUGUGUUUGGCUCGGGCGCUUUUAAGAGAAAAUAAAAUUCUGGUGAUGGAUGAAGCGACAGCAAAUGUCGACCCACAAACCGAUGCAUUGAUUCAAGAAACGAUUCGACAGAAGUUUGCUGAAAAUUGUGGAGUGCACUUGAGGAAGUGA